AAAGCGAGAGAUAAUAACAAGAGUGCAGUUCUUAUUGCCAAAAUUGUCUUAAAUUGCUCAGACUUGGAAUAAAUACAACAAUUUAUUGCUAUCAAGGUAGCGCCUGAUAGAAAUUUAGUAUCUAACCGCAAGCUGUCGAAUAAUGCCGUGACUUUAUCAUACUCGAGUACUGACCGUUAGGCUUCUAAGAAUGUUUAACCAGCAGGAGCCACCAUUGUCGUAUCUUUGUCACGGUCUAAAAGGCGCUAUAGUCGUAAGUGAUGAAUGAAUGUGUCCAAUAAGUUCGUUCUAAUGUGUGACAAUUUCGCAGUGUGCGUGCGUAACGAUGAGUGAUCAAAAAAUCUUGAGUGAGCUAUCACUAUACAUAUAUCGUGUUGCUGUGUUAUCCGUACGUGAAUUAGCAGUAUUUUUUGCGAAGGAACUUGUGCUCAUAGUGGAUCCGGUUAGUUCAAUAAUCUAACUUGUGACAAUCAAACUUUCCUUAUAGUUAAAUAAACCUAUCCACGUGUAACUAUUGCAUAACUAUAUGAAAUUAUUUUCAACUAGGAACUCCGAUAAUAUUCAUUUGUGUGAUCGCCUUAUUAGAUGCUAUACAAGAAGUUUAUCAAAACAGAUAGCUACUUAUAUAAGGAAAAGCGUUUUCAUUUAAUAUCUUACAGUAAUUCCAGUCGGUCGUACUAUGAUGUCGUUUUGUUUGUUUAUAUUAGUACUAUCAAUUACAUGUAACGAUGCGGCUAGAAUAUUGGCUGUGUUCCCAGUACCGUCUAUCAGUCAUCAAGUAGUGUUCCGACCUCUUACUCAAGAACUUGCCAGGCGAGGACAUGAAGUCACGGUCAUCACACCAGAUCCUGUCUUUACAAAUGGAGAAGCACCAGCUAAUCUCACAGAAAUUGACGUCCACUUUACUUAUGAAGACUGGAAAAAGUUUUAUGAAACUACUUCGGGGGAUAAUAACGAUCUUUUAGAACAAUUGCAAACAGCAUACAUAUUGAUAGAUCGGAUAUUUGAAAUUCAGAUGAGGGUGGAUAAAGUGCAAACGAUAUUAAAAGAACAAAAGUUUGAUUUGCUCUUACUAGAAGCUUGUGCGAAGCCCGCUUUGGCUCUAUCACAUGUUUUCAAAGUGCCGGUGAUUCAAGUGUCAUCGCUUGGUCCAAUUUUCUUUAAUUCAGAUAUUGUUGGGUCGGCCUGGCAUCCUUUGCUGUAUCCGAUUAAUUUUAGUCUUAAACUGAACAAUCUGACCAAGUGGGACAAAUUAAUGGAGUUCUGGACAUUAUACAGAAUAGUCAGUAUGAUGCAACAAGUGGACCAAGUAGAGGAUGAAACGGCUAAAAGAUUGUUUGGACCAGAUGUACCACCGAUGAGUGAAUUGAAAAAUAACGUUGACAUGCUGUUUGUGAAUAUUCAUCCUCUAUGGGAUACAAAUCGUCCAGUUCCUCCCAGCGUUAUUUAUAUGGGUGGCUUGCAUCAGAAACCUCAAAAGGAGUUGCCUCAAGAUCUCAAACGUUAUUUGGACUCUUCAAAGAAUGGCGUGGUGUACAUCAGCUUUGGUACAAAUGUCAAACCGUCACAGUUACCUGCAGAAAAGAUACAAAUACUGGUCAAAGUAUUCUCUGAGCUACCUUACGACGUGCUGUGGAAGUGGGACGAAGAUGAGCUCCCUGGACGUUCUAGCAAUAUUAGGAUAUCUAAGUGGCUGCCACAGUCAGAUCUAUUAAGGCAUCCUAACAUCAAGGUGUUCAUAACGCAAGGAGGUCAACAAUCAACUGAUGAAGCUAUAACGGCAGGAGUACCUCUGAUUGGUGUACCAAUGUUAGGCGACCAAUGGUUCAACGUCGAAAAGUAUAUAACACACGAAAUUGGAGUCAGACUUGAUAUAGAAACGUUGACACAGGAAGAAUUUAAGAAUGCUAUAACUGAAGUCAUUGGAGAUAAAAAGUAUCGUCAGAACAUAAAAAAAUUCAGCGAGAUUGUCCGCGAUGAGCCAAUGCCACCGUUGGAGCGUGCGGUGUGGUGGACGGAGCACGUGUUGCGUCACGGCGGCGCGCGACAUCUGCGCUCUCCCGCCGCCAACAUGUCGUGGACACAGUUUCUUGAACUAGAAUUAGUGCUUACCGUAUUAAGUGUUGUCUUAGGUUUUGUUUUAUCAUUGUCUCUUCUACUUUAUUACUCUUACAAGCAUUUGGAUAUAAGUCCAAAACAGAAGCUAAAAGACAAUUAGUUAAAUCUAUUUAUUCAAAAGUAAAACACUAAUUUAUGUAAUUUGUUUUUUAUGUGUAUUUAAUGUGUAUAUGUGUUUGUAUGUCUAGUACACUGUGAUAAGCUUUUGAGCGUA